AUGAUCGGGAAGGUUCUGUUGUCCUGUGUCCUGUUGUUGGUCAUGGCUGGAUCCCUCACCGCUCAUCCCGUCACAGACUCCGCGGAGCUUCCUUACACAGGACCAGUGCUGGUGGAGGAGGAUGGGAUGGUCCCCCCUGAGGAGAUCUCUCUGGCAGACUCCAGAGGCAGGGCCCAGGACCUCUCCCCACUGCUCAGCUCCAACGCCGCCGCUCUGGUCCAACGAGAUGCCUUGAGACAGAUGCUGCUGGGCAAGAGGCACUACCGGCCCUACAGCGGCUGGAGGGCGUACAGGAAGAGGGGCGCCUCUGACUGCUUCUGGAAGUACUGUGUGUGA